AUGCUAGCAACUCCGAUUAUCCUUCUUGCACUUGCCACUUCGGCCAAGCUGGCCACCUCUCUCAGAAUUCCCGAGGGAACACUGGACGGGGUCUAUAGUGUCUACAUUAACGAGAGCGGUGUCGAAGUCCACGAGCCUCUCUUCCCAGGGGACGUCCCUGCACCAACAAACUCUGAAGAGCCUGAAGUAGAUCAGUUGGAGGCAAGAGACAUUACUACAGUUUCUUAUUGGUGCGGUUGUGGGAUCACCAUGAACCAUGGUGACUGCGACGCAGCUGUGCAGGCCCUGAAGAACCAGUUCGGCUCAGGACAGGCGGACAUCGGAGCGCACCUGGCCUGGUAUUCGAUUAGCGGCAGCGUGGUGGCAUUUGCCUGCAACCGUGAGGGUGGAAAGGCGGCAGGCAGUGCUGCCAAGAUCACUGGCGCCCUCCAGGGUAUCACGAACAAGUGUGGGUGGUAUGUUCCUGGGACCCAACACCUGUACACUGGGCUAUUUUACACUCCAUACUUUGGGUAUAUGAACUACCGCCCUGGGCUUGACUUUUGCACCAUGUCUGUCUCCUCCGGAUCCCACAAGUGCUGA